UCCGCCUUUCGGCAAACACGGCCAGCGAAUAAAAGUACCACGGUGGCAGUCGAAGUCGACGACCAACAGACACAGGAUUUCAUUCGUCAUAUUGCAGUUAAUUGCUUCGUAACCACGCCCAGUCAAUUGUGUCCAGUCUCUCUCUUUCUGUGCAAAACCCCCUGUCAGGAUGCCGCCGACCGCUGUGCUGCCAUCGCCCAGGACGUACAGCAUUGCUGCCAUACCCGCCGACGGCAUCGGGCCAGAGGUCAUUGAAGCUGGGAUUGAGGUCCUGUCUGCUCUUGCCGAGAGCCUUGGAUCCUUUGCGAUUGACUUCACGCACUACGAUUGGAGCUCUGACACGUACAAGAAGACGGGCAAGUACAUUCCGGACGGCGGACUGGAACAGCUCAAGAAGCAUGACGCCAUCUUCUUUGGUGCCGUCGGGGCGCCUGGUAAGAGUUCCUCGACGAUGGAUGAGGAUGCCAAUGUUCCGUAGGCGACGAGAGAUACGAACUGAUUCAUCGGUAGACGUUCCCGACCACAUCUCUUUAUGGGGACUUCGCCUGGCUAUUUGCCAACCCUUUCAGCAGUACGCCAACGUGCGUCCGACUCGCAUCCUGCCCGGCAUUAGCUCACCGCUGCGCAACUGUAAGCGCGAGGAUCUUGACUGGGUCAUAGUACGCGAGAACAGCGAGGGCGAGUAUGCUGGGCAAGGAGGUCGCUCCCACAGAGGUUGCGCUUGGGAAACAGCGACAGAAGUCGCCAUCUUCACACGGCACGGCAUCAUUAGGCUCAUGCGAUUCGCCUUCGAGACGGCACAGAGAAGACGGCGAAAGAUGCUCACGGUAGUCACCAAGAGCAACGCGCAGCGCAACGGCAUGGUUCUCUGGGACGAGGUGGCAGCAGCGGUGAGCAAGGAAUUCCCAGACGUCACCAUGGACAAGAUGUUGGUCGAUGCUAUGACGGUGCGCAUGGUGCAGAAGCCGGAGAGCCUCGACACCAUUGUCGCGACGAAUCUCCAUGCCGACAUUCUCUCGGACCUUGCUGCUGCAUUGGCUGGAUCCAUUGGCAUCGCUCCCACGAGCAACCUCGACCCCACUCGCGAGCAUCCGUCCAUGUUUGAGCCCAUUCAUGGCUCUGCGUUCGAUAUCACCGGCAAGGGCAUCUCCAACCCGAUCGCAACAUUCUGGACUGCCGCCGAGAUGCUCGCAUGGCUAGGCGAAGACGAGGCGUCUGCUACCCUGAUGAAGUCGGUGGAGAACAUUUGUGCCCGUGGCGUCGUGACGCCCGACCUGGGCGGUAUUGCCGGCACCAAAGAGGUGACGGCUGCUGUGCUAGCUGAUAUCAAGGGAGACUCCAGCAAGACGCACCAGUAGGCGGACUUGAUGUACUGCGUACUUCCAGUCGAUCACCUUUGGCUACCAAUGCGAAGAGCUGGACGAUACAUUCAAAGGCAACUCUCCAUGUUGGAUCGUAGCGAUUCGUGGGAGCUGGCUUCAGGAACCCACGCCGCUGGGCAUCAGUCGAGGACCCGCGGUCUGAAGUUCGGGCACUGGCCAACGCCAGGGGUCUAGUUUGACGAUGAUCGCGACCGAACGUCUUGUCACAGAGAGAGCGACCAAGGCAUUAUUACCUGGCGCAAAGCUGGGAGGUUGGCUGUGUAAUAAUAAAUUGCCCUUGUGCC